AAUGGUGCCAUGCAUGCAAAGGAAGGCGGUUUUAUAACAACCACUACCAUCAAGGCACUAGCAUUUGGGGGAAGCCAUCAAUCAUACUCGUAGCAAUGGCACCAAAGCGGACGGCCCAAAGCGCACCUGGUCAUUCUCCAGCCACCAGACAGGGCAUCACCACUCUUGGGCCUGACUUGCUGGGCGCUAUCUUCUACAAGCUGGGACCUAGCCCUAUGCACGUGGCAGUCAUUGCGUGUGUCUGCAAAGACUGGCGCAAUGUGAUGCAGGAGAGCACAUGGAAGCUGCUAUGCUUAGAUGCGGCGCCUGCUUUGUGCAAGCAGAUGGGGUAUGACGACCCCAGCAGUCCGCCUUUGGGCGGUUGGUUGGCAGCUUAUAAGGUCAUAACCUAUUGCGCGGGUUUGGUUCCUUCCGACUAUGAGAAUCUAAAGGACUUUACUAAGGGGUCUGAGCCAUGGCCGGGAGCAUUUUACACGAAUACUUGGUGGGAUCUGGUGGGGCACGUUGAAGAAAAGACUAGCGGCUUUCAGACAGGGCCGGCUGUCAUGCGAGACCUCCGAUUGCGGAAACCAUUUCGGGACGAUGUUGUCUUUGUGACUUCCCCUUGCGCGCACGAGUAUCCCGACUCGGCUGGGCACGAGCCGUGCACCUUUGCGUUUCGAGGUGUUGUUCAGGAUUUUGCUGCAUCCGCAAUUGCAGCAAAGUCAGGCGCUGAGGCCUAUCUGGAGGCUUCUUCCAAGGAGCAGGAACUGAUGCAACAGGGAGCGGAUGAUUGCUGCGCUUAUUGCCAGGCGCCGUUAUUCAAACUGCUAGAAGACGUUUUCUUUGAGAACAAUUACAUUUACAAUCAUCCGUACUAUCCAUCAAGUGAUGAUUCGGACGACUCGGAGGUCGACGAAUCAGCGUUUGGCCCAAGAGGCUUUCGUGUUGAGGGCUCUGUUUGUGGAAACGGCCAUCUCAUGAUGGGAGGCUAUGGCAGUCGAUCACAAGAGUCCUUUCUUGAGGUCAUGGCGCUUGAGGGGUCUGGGGAGGACCUCCAGAUUGAGAAGAGCGACCUCAUGAACUUGUUGUGCGAGACUUUCUUUUUGAAAGUAGAAAACGACAGAGCAGAACUUGCAUUUAGGAGGAGUAUAGAUCCUUUCUCUGCCAGCGCAAAGCUCACGUGGUUGGCGGUUUACUUGGGCCCCAAUGCACUGGCUGUCGGUCCUGGGGACGAGAAUGACACGUGUUGUCUACGUAAGAUUGGGGAAAAGACGCAAGAAUUAGCAAAGUCUUUGCAGAAGUGUGAAGUGCUGGUAGAACUGGACCUCGUGAAAAAGCGCAUUAGCACUUUGAUAGAGAGAUUCGAGGUUGGAACAGUGUCCGGGUUGGAGACAACUUCAGAGUCGGAGUACUCGUCAGAGUCGGACCCGGAAUUGGAGGCGGAGAUGGAGGCAUGUGAUGAUCCGGCCCCGUUCUGGGCUUUGAUCCCAGAAGUUCUUGACAGGGUGGAGCGGCUGCCGGAGAUCAGUCUCCCUCUUGUCCGCUUGUUUCUUGGGUUUUGCACACACAGCCCGAGCUACACUCUAAACAGAAUCGAAGCUCUAGAAAGUCUGGACAAGAGGCGCUCUCUCCUGCAAAAGAAAGCAGUCGGAGUUCGCAAGGAAAGGAGGGGAGAGAUCGAGGCUGCGUUGAAGGCAGCAGGGGUGUCGGCCAGGUAUGGGCGGAGGCGCAAUCAAUGGCCAGACUAUCGGGCGGUUUACCAUUUUAUCCGGACUCGGGAGCUGUCAGUGCAGGAAGUCAUAGAAUGUCAGAGAAGAUAAGCGCUUGCAGCUCCUUCAAGGCAUCAGCAACCUUCAAGAAUAGGUUCAACAUGGAAUCUAUAACAGUUUGAGUUGCCAAUAAAGAUGUCUCGGUUUCGACAUGGUGCACAUUGCAAAACUCAGCAUCAUUUGUCGUUGAAUUGAAAGGUGCCAGUUCUAAGACGGUUGACAUCUCAACGAGAAUCAGGCCCCGAGAGUUAGUAAUUUAUCGUCGGUCCCGCUUGUACACAUAUAUGAUGGCGUCUGGUGUGCACUUAGUGUAACAGAUUCUGAAACCC